GCGCUGUCAGAGGUGAUGGCGCAACCGCUGGCGGUGGCGCUGUGCGGGCGGCGGCGAGUGUGGUGAGGGAGCGACGGCGGCCGUUGGCAGGCGACGUGCUAAAUCGGCUAGAUGCAUGCCACGCAUCGAGAGCGAGGCCGCUGCGAACCACCGCCCUUGGGCGGGCCCUAGCCUGCGCACGCCCAGAUCCGCCUAGAGAGCAGCCAUGCCCACUGCCGCAUGCCCCCGUGCUCCCUGCACUGCACUGCACUCCCUCCUGCCUGCCCGGCCUCAGCCAGCGUCCCCGUCGCCGCAUCCGAGCCUCGACCCUCGACGCUCGGGCGCUCCCCACCACCAGAUCGCGUGCAGCCCUGGCCGCCGACUCGCCGCGGACCCGGCGCCUCGGACCUCCUAGCCCAGUGGGCCGCACAAUUGGGUCUCCCAAGCUUGUCGCUGCUCAGAAGGCCUGCAAAAGGCGUCCAGAGCACGCAGCGAGCGCGCAAGGAACCGGUGCCCAAUCACGCCGACCUUGCCUCGCCCUGGCGACACAGCUGUGACGGAUUACGGAUCGCUCUGCGAGAUCCGCGAGCUACUCGUACAUACGACUGCAUGCCCAUGUGCUGUACAGCUCACACGCGCAUUGCUCUGCAGACUGCCGACUAGAACCACGCCGCCAGCCUAUCAUCGCGCCGACUGCACGCCACCAUCUGCCCAAUACCGUCACAAUUCCGCCCUCCAACUUUGUCGUGCCCCCGUUGCCAGAAGCGGCCGCCUCGUGCGCCGCCCAUCGCAAGCUCGUCAAGCUGCAUAAACUUCGCGCCCUCCGGCGCAAGGC